AUUCACAAACGUAUUCAUACAGGAGAGAAGCCAUUUUCUUGUGAUAUCUGUGGUAAAUCAUUCUCUCACAGUAGUAACUUAAUUGGCCACAAACGUACACAUACAGGAGAGAAACCAUAUCAUUGUGAUAUCUGUGGGAAAUCAUUCUCUGAAAGGAGUGACUUGACUAGACACAGACGUACACAUACAGGAGAGAAACCAUAUCAUUGUGAUAUUUGUGGUAAAUCAUUCACUCAAAGUGGUUCCUUGACUGUACACAAACGUGUUCAUACAGGAGAAAAGCCAUAUGAUUGUGAUAUCUGUGGUAAAUCAUUCUCUGAUUAUAGUUACAUAACUGAUCACAAACGUAUUCAUACAGGAGAGAAGCCAUAUCAUUGUGAUAUCUGUGGCAAAUCAUUCUAUCGUAAUAGACAAUUGGUUAAUCACAAACGUACACAUACAGGAGAGAAGCCAUAUCAUUGUGAUAUUUGUGGUAAAUCAUUCUCAGCAAGUAGCAAUUUAACUUGUCACAUACGUAUUCAUACUGGGGAAAAACCAUAUUUUUGUGGUAUUUGUGGUAAAUCAUUUUCUAAAAAUAGUGGUUUAACUAGUCACAAACGUGUUCAUACAGAAGAGGCGCCAUACCUCUGUGAUGUCUUUGGUUAAGUUAAGUUAAUUUUUUGGCUCAAAAAGCGAAAAGCAAGGCCAUGUAGGGGGACAUGGAAUUAUGUACAGGGUGGUGUUCAUGCAAAGAGUUCAGGCCAUUUCUGGUCA